AUGACAUGGAUCCAUGGUGGUGCACUGGUUAUGAGCAUGGCUUCCAUUCGUGAUGGAUCCAUGUUGGCAGCCAUUGAAGAUGUGGUGGUGAUCAAUAUCCAGUACCACCUGGGUAUCCUUGGCUUCUUCAGCUCUGGAGAUGAGCAAGCCAGAGGCAACUGGGGAUACCUGGUCCAAGUGGCUGUCCUACACUGGGUCCAGCAGAACAUUGCCAACUUUGGAGGCAACCCUGACCGUGUCACCAUUUUUGGCGGGUCAGCAGGUGGCACAAGUGUGUCUUCACACAUUGUGUCUCCCAUGUCCCAGGGACUCUUCCAUGGUGCCAUCAUGGAGAGUGGGGUGGCCCUGCUGCCUGGCCUUAUCUCCAACACCCCUGAGGUGGUCUACAUAACAGUGGCCACCUUAUCUGGUUGUGAGGCUAUGGACUCAGAGACCCUGGUGCAAUGUCUAAGAAACAAAAGUGAAGAGGAAAUUCUGGCUAUUAAUAAGGUCUUCACGAUGAUCCCUGCUGUGGUGGAUGGAGAGUUCCUACCCAAUCAUCCCCAACAGUUGUUGACUCCUGUGGACUUUCACCCCGUCCCCAGCAUCAUUGGUGUCAACAAUGAUGAAUACGGUUGGCUUUUCCCCAUGAUUGUGGGCUCUGAUCAGACUAUAAAGGAAAUAACCAGAGAGAACCUGCAGGCUGUUCUGAAUAAUAUAACAACACAGAUGAUGCUGCCUCCUGAGUGUAGUGACCUGCUGAUGGAAGAGUACAUUGGGGACAUUGAGGAUGCCCAGACCCUCCAAGCACAGUUCAGAGAGAUGAUGGGAGACUUCAUGUUCAUUAUCCCUGCACUCCAAGUAGCACAUUUUCAGAGCGCCCAUGCCUCUGUCUACUUUUAUGAGUUCCAUCUUGAAGCCAACUACCUCAAAAAUGUCAGACCACCCCAUGUGAAAGCUGACCAUGGAGAUGAGGUUCCCUUUGUCUUUGGGAACUCCUUCUGGGGCAUGAAAUUUGACCUCACUGCAGAGGAAAAGCUGCUGAGCAGGAGAAUGAUGAAGUACUGGACCAACUUUGCACGACAGGGGAACCCCAACAGCAGGGGUUUACCCUACUGGCCUGUGUUGGACCAUGAUGAGCAGUAUCUGCAGCUGGACACCCAGCCUGCUGUGGGCCGAGCGCUGAAGGCUAGAAGGCAUCUUUUCUGGACCAAGACUCUGCCUCAGAAGAUCCAGGAGCUGAAGGGGUCCCAGGAAAACCACAAAGAGCUAUAG